AUGUCACAUAUAAAUAAUAAUGUCGAAAAAAAAAAAUCAAUAAAUAAACAUAAUAAUAACAAUAACAAUAAAAUAGACAGUGUUUAUGUGAACAAUUAUAAUGAUAAUAAUAAUCAUAUAAAUAAAAACACGCAAGUUAUAGAUUCCAUUUUGAUGAGCAAUAUUGAAAAAGAUAAAAAAUUAAAAUUAUUAAAUAAUUAUAUUAAUAUGUUUGAUAAAAAUAAAAACGAUAAAAUUACAACAAAUCAUACUAAUAAUAAUAAUAAUCAUAAUAAUAAUAAUAAUAAUACUUAUAAUAAUAAUAAUAAUAAUAAUAAUGAUCCUUAUGAUGAUCAGGAUCAAGACGAACAAUAUGUAGAUACUGACGACUCUUUCAUAUUAUCUAAUACAAAGAAAAAAAUAAAUAAAACAGACAACAUGUCAUAUGAUAAUUACAUCUUUGAAGAGGAAGAUAGAGUAUCUUCCAAAUAUUUAGAAUAUAAAAAUGAUCCUACAUCUCAUAUGAAAAAGAAGAAAGAAGAAGGCACCCACAAAAAGGAUAACACUAAUAAUAAUAAUAAUAAUAAUAAUAAUAAUAAUAUUAAUAAUAAUUAUGAUGAUUACUAUUAUGAUGAUGAUGAUAAUAAUAACUAUUAUAAUAACAACCAUAGUGAUGAUAUUAAUGAUAAUGGUAUUCAUAGAAAAGAAAAAAAAAAUAAAAAGAAUACGCAUAACGAAAAGAAAUAUAUAAGUGAUAUGUAUAACUUUCAAUAUGACGAUUAUGACAAAAAAAAAAACAAAAAAAAUACAUUAGAAACAUAUGACUCUGAUACUAAACGUAGUGAUAAUUUUAUUAAUACAGAUUUUCUUCCCUACUCGUUUGAAAAAAAAAAAAAUAAUAAAAAAAGAAAAGGAAAAAAAAAAAAUGAGCAACAAGAAAAUAUACACACCAAUAAUUAUGAUGACAAUAUGGAUGAUAUUGAAAAUAUGAAUGAUAUUGAUAAUAGUGAUGAUCAUAAUAAUAAUAAUAAUAAUAAUAGUAACAAGAGUGAUGAUAAUAGUUAUCAUAAUAAUAAUAUUGGAUCAUUUUUUAAAAAUAAAAUAAUCGAAUCUCCUGUUAUAAACAAUCAAUAUGAUAACACAAACGAUUAUUUAGAUGAACUACAAUCAUUUGAAUAUAAUAAAAUAAAAAAGAAAAAAAAAAAAAAAAGUGAUAUCCUAGAAGAUGAUUUUAAAAAUAAAAGAAAUGAUAAUAUAAAAAUAAAACAUAAUAAUCAUAAUAAUAAUAAUAUUAAUAAUGAUGAUGAUUUAUUAGAUUACGAAUUAAAUUAUAUUGAUAAUUCUUUCGAUUCUCUUCGUAAGAAAUCGACUCAUUAUUCGCUUCCAGAUAAUUAUCAUGGAGAGAAAAAAAAAAAAAAAAAUAAAACAAAAAAAAAAAGACAUAAUAUGAACUUUUAUAGUAUAGAUAAAAAUAAUUUAGAUGAACAGGAUCUAUUUAGUAAUCAAGAAGCAUUAAAUAUUUUAAAAAAUUUUGCAAAGGAUAAUAAUUUAUCUGUUCCAAAUAAAGGAAAAAAAAUAAACAAAAAUAAAAAAAAUUAUCAUAAUAAUAAUAAUAAUAAUAAUAAUAAUGAUCAUUAUUAUAAGGAUAUUAGUUCUAAUCAUGAUAAUAAUCUUGAAUAUGAUAAAAAAAAUAAAAUACAAGUAGAACAAAAUAUUCAUAUGAUAAAUCAUGGUCAGCUAAAUAAUAAAAAUAAUUCAAAUAUUCUCUGUAAAGAAAAUGCAAACGAAAAAAAAACAAAUAAUAAUAAUAAUAAUAAUAAUAAUAAUAAUAAUGAUGAUGAUAAUAAUUCUUAUGUAAAUAAAGAAUUGGCAGUUAAUGACAAUGUAUAUGAAAAUUUUAUAAGAGAAUAUAAAAACCUACAAUCCUUAUUUUCAUAUAAUAAAAAUAAAAUCGAAGAUCAUUUAAAUCCCCUCCACAGAAUUAUUGAAAAGAAUAGAGACGACAAGCUUAUAUUAGACAAUAAUAUGAAUAAAUAUAUUUUAAAUGCUCAUGAGGGUGUAUCAAAAAAAAUGUUGGGUUAUCAUAUGGAUGAAGAGGACGACGACCAAGGAAUGAAAUCUAUUGAAUAUGAUAAUAAGAAUGAUGAUAAUGAUGAUGAUAAUAUUGAUCAUAAUGAUGAUGAUAAUAUUGAUCAUAAUGAUGAACAUAAUAAUCAUAAUAAUGAUGAUGCAAAAAACGAAAAUGUCGAUGAAACUAUAAUUAGCUAUUCAAAAAGUGAAUUAUCAAAAAUUGUAGAAUAUAUAAAUAAUGAUGACAUGGAAAAAAUGACAGAAUAUAUUAAUAAUAAUACUGAAUUACCCAAAAAAAAAAAAAAAAAAAAAAAUGAACAGAAUAAAGAUAAUAUAUCAACAAGAAAUAGUAAUCAUAAUAAUACACAUACAUCUAAUUGUAAAAAUAAAAAAGAUCUUAACAAUAUGUCAACCAGUAAAAAUAUGAUGGAUGAAAAUAUUCAUAAAACAAAAAACAGCAACAAUAAUAAUAAUAAUAAUGAUAAUAAUUAUAGUAGUAGUGAUACUGAUGCUGUAGAAAGACAAAAUAAUAAUCUUCCUUAUUCUUCAAAUAAUAAUAUGAAAAAAAAAAAAAAAAAAAAAAAAUUAAAAGAAAAAUUAAAUAAUAAUAUUAAACAUAAUGAUCUAAUUACAAAGUCUUCUAUGUUUCCAGCAAACAAAAUAAUAAAAAAUGAUCAGUUUGAAGAUUACGAAAUAAAUAAUUCAAAACAUCUCUUACAUAAAAAUAUUAAUAAUAUAUAUAACCAAUGUGAACAGAAUUUGUCUCUUCAUGAAGAUGUUUUAAAAGAUUUAUUAGUAAAAGGAGAAUAUAAUGAACAACACAUUAUCAAAAAAAAAAAAAUGAAAAAUAAUAAAAUAAAUAAAAAAAUUUUAGAUAAUAAAGAAACCUUUUUACAUACACAAAUACCAGACACAUAUGACAACAUACAUACAUAUAUAGUUGAUAAUAGAAAGAAUAAAUAUUCUCAUAGUGAUCAUGAAAAUAACGACAAUGUUUCAAAAGAGGAGAGGGCUCAUCCUUUAAAAAAAAAAAUCAAAGGUAAAAAAAAUAUUAAGAGCAAUAUAAAAAUGGUACCUCCAAAUAAGGAGAAUAAAAAGGAAAGACCAAGGAAAAUUCAAAAUGACAAUAGUGAUUAUAAUAAUAAUAAUAAUGAUAAUCUUAAUAGUGAUGAAAGUGAUGACAAUAAUGAUAAUGAUAAUGAUAAUAGUUAUGAUGAAAGUGAUAUUUAUGAUGAGAACAAUAACAGUACUGAUAAUGAUAAUGAUAAUGAUAAUUCGACAAAUGAAAACUUCAAUGAUCAAGAAGAAAAUAUAAGUGAUGAUCAUUACCAACAAUGUAAUAGUGAUAAUACAAAUAAAGAAAAUAAAAUGAAUAUUAAAAGAAGAACCAGCUUUGAUAAAGACAAAAUGAGAUAUACAAUACAUAAUAUUGAAGAUAUAAAAAAAAAAUCCAAAAAAAUUAUGAACAAAAAUGAAAAUCAAAAGUAUUUAUAUAAUAGUGAUUAUAUGAACGGUUCAUGUGAUUUCGUCAUGCAAAAAAAAGAAAAAAAAAAAAAACAACAACAACAAGAAAAUGAAAAACAAAAAGAAAAACAUAAUGACUAUUAUGAUAAUAACGAUCGACAUGAUAAUCGUAAUAAAUUCAAUAAAGAUAAUUAUAAUAAUAAAGAUAACGUGCUUGUCAAUGAUCAACCUUUUAAUUAUACUAAUCGUAAAGGAAAAAAAAAAAAUAAAGAUGAUAUAUUAAAAGAUCAAUAUAAUGAUGAAAAUAUAAAAGAAUAUUUUCAUUCCUUAAUAGAAGGACAAGUCUCUAAAAACAUUAAAAACAAAAAAAAAAAGAAUUCCCAAAGAGAUUGUAGUGUCAAUAAAUCGAAUAAAGAAAAAGGAAUAAAAAAAGAACGAAUUUUACACAAUAAACAUUUUAAAGAUACUGAUUCAGAAGAAGAUCAGAACAACAACAACAAAAAAAAUAAAAAUAAUAUUUAUUUAAAAAAAAAUUAUGAUCAAGAAAAUGAAAAAGAUAAUAAUGAAUAUGAAAACGAAAAAAGUUAUAUUAAAAUGUCACGUCCAUAUUAUGAAGAAGAUGAAACACCAUAUCGUAAACAAAAUAUUAAAGAAUGGUCUUCAUAUACAAAAGAUAAAGAAAAUAAAUUAAAUUUAGAUCAUGAAGUAAUUAUGAAUAAAGGAAAUGACCAACACAUAAAUCGUAUCAAUAAAAAUGAAAAAAAUAAAGAAGAGGACAAAUAUGAUAAAUACAAAAAAGAUAAUAAAAAUCAAACGGAUGACCCACUAUAUGAUAAUAUUAAAAAUUACGAUAAUGAUAAUAAAGGAUUAGAAUUCUUUUCAAAUAAUUUCUUUCAUAUUAAAAAAUUUAUUGAAAAAAAAGAUAGUGAAAAUGGUCUCAUGUCAAAAAUUGAAAAUUCACAAAAAGAAGAAGAAAUAAAUCUUAAAAGAAAUAACCUGAACAGUUCAGGUAAAACAGAAAAACUUGAAAAAUUCUUAGGAAUAUAUAAAGAAAAUAAUGAAGCUAUGGAUUUUUAUAAAAGUGUUUUGAUAGAAGAAAAUAAUUAUAUGAAUAGAUCAAAAAGUAUGAUAAAUAAAAAUGGUUUGAAUGAUGAUCAUGGUCAUAAGGAUAAUAUAUCUAAAAUAAAUCGUUAUAAUAGUGAUGAAACAUAUAUAAAAGUGCAGAAUAAUAAUGAUAAUGAAAAGGAAAUAUAUAAUUCUGACGUUUCAAAUGAUAAUAAUAAAAAGAUUAACAACAACAAUAAUAAUAAUAUCAAUAAUAAUAAUAACAAUAAUAAUAUCAAUAACAAUAACAAUAAUAAUAAUAAUAAUAGUAGUGGUGAUAAGAAUCAUCGUAAUAGUUAUAAUAAUAAUGAUAUAUAUAUGUGUAAAAAUGUAAAGAAUAUAAUUUUAUCAUUAGAAUUAAGUAAUGAAGAAAAAAUUAAUGAAGUGAGAAGAAUUUUAUUUUAUUCAUCCAGUGAUGAAAAGAAAUAUAUUAUGAAUGAAAUAUUAAAUAUAUUAUAUAUAUAUCCACAAUUAUAUGUUUCUUGUAUUAUUAGUUUAUUUUAUUUAUUUAUAUUAGAUAAUGAUAUUUUUGAAAGACAUUUUAAUGCUGAUGAUUUAGUUUACUUGUUUAAUGAAAAAAUCGAUUUUAGAUAUGCUGAGUGGUUCUUAAAAACAUAUUUAUUUUAUAAAUAUAAAUAUUCUGAUAAUACAUAUACCAAAGGAUCUACAUAUUAUAUAAAGAAGGGUUCUCCAAGAAAUAGUAUCAAAAGAGAGGAAAGCUAUAUGUAUGUGGAUGAAAAUGUCAAGUUAGAUAAUAUAAAAAAAAAUGAUUUGAAUGAAGGAAACCAAAAAGGUGUUGAUGAUAAUAAAAUUGAUGAUAAUAAAAUUGACGAUAAUAAAAUUGACGAUGAUAAUAAUAAUAAUAAAACUCAUCAUUAUGAUGAUAAUAAUAAAACUCAUGAUUAUGAUGAUGAUGAUAAUAAUAAUCAGAAUAGUUAUAAUACGAAUGGCUCAACAAAUAUAAAAAAAAUUCAUAAAAACACGUUUGAUCCUUUUUUUGAGAAACAUAGUAAUAGCUCACUUAUAGAUUCAGGAGAUGAUUACUUGUGUGAUAUUAAUAAUUUAUCAAAUAAUAAAAAAGAUAUAAAUAUUUUAUGGAACUAUUUUGAAAGUUCUAAAUGUGUUGGUUAUAAUGAAUGUAAAACAUUAUUAAGUUUAUGUUUAAAAAAUGAAAAUGAAACAAGUAUUAAUAAUAUUAGUGCUUCUAAGGUUAGAAGUCUAGUUAUAUCAAUAUGGUCAAAUAUACCCUCAUCAAAACCUAAACGUUCAUUUAUUAAAUUAAUAUUUAAUUGGAUAAAUAAUAAAAAAGAUGAUUUAUAUAAAAAAAAAAAUUUAUUUUAUUUAUUAAAAUCUGAAAAGAAAAAUAAUAAGAAUUUAUCAAAAAUUUGUUUUAAUUAUUUCUUAAAUUAUCUAAUUAAAUAUAAAGAUAAUUGUUCAAAUGAUAUUAUAUAUAUAUUAUAUCUCAUAGAUGAAAAUGAAUUAAAAAUAUAUUCUAGAAAUUUUAUUCAAAAUCAUAAAAUAAAUUUUAAUCAGUUUAUAUCUAUAUGGAAUAUUAUGUGUAUAUUAUUUUGGGAUACAGAUGAAAUUAAUAAUUUUAUAUUUUUACAAAAAAAUAAAUAUUAUUAUUAUGAUUUUAUGUUAAUAUUUUUAAAAACGUUUUAUGAUUAUAUAAAUGUAAAUAGAGACAUGAGAGAAAUUAUGAAAAUGAAACUGAAGAAGACAUUUCUCACAGGAUAUCAUCAAGAUACUGAAUCACCUGAAGAACAUAUGUCUACUUAUCAAGAAAAAAGAGAUCCUUAUAAUAAAGACGGUCGUUUAAGUUAUAUGAAGAAAAUGUCACUCUCCAAUUCAUCUAUAAAUAAAGAAGACAAACAUGAGGAUCAAAAUGAAUAUCUUAAUCUUUUUGAUAUUGAAAAUAUAAUUAAUAAUUUUAAUUUCACUGAUUUUGUAAAUAAUGAGAUAAGUAAAGACAAUUAUUUUGAUUCAUUUUUUGGAGCGAGUAAUAUGCCUAUCCCCAGCAUGUCCAAUAUAUCUCUGACAGGAACACAUACAAGUCAACAUGAUAAGAACGCACGUCAUAAUUACUACCCUCCCUUCUGUCAUCCUCUAUGGAGAAAUCGUCAAGAAAAAGAAAGAGAUUUACAAAGAAUGAAAGAAGAAGAAGAAGAAAGAUUAAAAAUAAGAGGAAGAGGAAGAGGAGGAGGCGGAGGAGGAGGGGUACCAGUAACAGAAGCUUAUGAUAUAGAAAAUUUAAUUUUUUUAGGAAUAUGUAUAAAAAUAGUAAUAUGUAGAAUAUCUAAUUUAUUAAAUGCUAAAUCUUGUUUACAACAAUUUCAUUAUUUUCUAAAUCACAAAAAGUUAGGUUUAAAAAUAUUUAAAUAUUCACAUAUUAUCUUAGUUUAUUUUAUACCUUUUUUUAAAAAAUAUUAUUUCUUAUGGAAAUUUAUUGAACAUGAAAUAGAUAAAGACAUUAUGAAUCUUAUAAAAUAUAUUAUGGAUCACUUAGAAAAUAUGCAAGUAGAAAAUAUACCUUUAAGUAUAUGUAAUAUUAAUCAUAAUUCUAGUCACAUGAUUCCAGGUAUAUCAAAUCAGAAUGGAACUGAGCGUAUAUAUACUGAAAAUUUACAUAAUAUGAAUAAUAAUAUGAAUAAUAAUAUAAAUAAUAAUAUGAAUAAUAAUGUCAAUAAUAUUUAUAAUAAUAACAAAUUUGGUCCCUCUUCUAAUCGUCAUACACAACAUAUUCAUCAUAAUAUGAAUAGUAUACACAAUAACAGUGUUAAUAAUAAUUUUAAUAAAAAGAAUGAUCAUCAUAUACGUGAUAAGAUAGAAAAAAACAAAAGUGAUAUAUAUUUAUUAAAAUCAAUAAAAAAUAAUAUGCCUUUAGAUCACAAUGGACGUCUUACUAAUAGUAAUAUUAAUUUUAUGAAAAAUAAAAAUUUGCUCAUAUCUAAACAGGAAGAAGAAAAAUAUAAAAGUUUUCAGAGUUUGAAUUAUAAUAGAAUCAAACAUAAUAAUAAUAGUAUACAGGCAAAUAAUAUCCAUAUGAAUAAUAUUACCUUAAAUAAUAAUAUAAACUUAUUAAAAUAUAAAAAUGAUCAAAACAAACAAGGAGAAUAUUUUAAUCUAAAUAAUAUGAAAUAUUCAUUAUAUGGAAAAAAUAAAAAUAAUAUCAAUAAUGAUAAUAUAGCAAAACAUAUAUUCAACGAAAAAAAUAAUAAUAAAGAUGAAUAUAUUGGACCCUUCAAUAAUAAUUCAUCAUAUGAUAUAAAUGAAGAAGAUGAUGAACAUUAUAUUUCUUAUGAUGAUAUGUUUAGAAAUUAUGAUAGUGAAGAAAGUAAUAUAUCAAAUAGUAAAAAUACAUCAGAAAAUUUUAAUGUAAAAGAUUUUAUUACGAAUUUGCAUUUUACUAACUUGGAUGAUGAUAGUAAUAUUAUAUCCAAAAAUUUUUUUUCUUCAAAAAAAAUAAAUGAUCAAAAAUGUGAACCAAAAUAUGACCCUAAAUAUGACCCAAAAUAUGACCCAAAAUGUGAACCAAAAUAUGACCCAAAAUAUGACCCUAAAUAUGACCCUAAAUAUGACCCAAAAUAUGACCCAAAAUAUGACCCAAAAUAUGACCCUAAAUAUGACCCUAAAUAUGAAUCAAAAUAUGACCCAAAAUAUGAACAUCAAAAUAACAAAAUAAUAAACAAAAACAAAUAUGAUCCUUUCGCAUCCUCGUCAGAUUCAUCUAACUACAAUGAAGAUAAAAAUAUUAUGUAUAUGUAUUCAAAUGAACAGAAUUAUAAGAAUUCGAAAAAAAUAUUAUCUCAAAAAAAAAAAAAAAAAAGCCAAACAAUAAAUCAUAUUAAUCGUAUGGAUUCUAAUCGACCACAUACAAAUGAAGAAUAUCAAGAAAAAGAUCAAUCCACAAGCUUAAUUGGAAGUUUAGGAAGAGAAGAUUCUUUUGAUAAAACGUCACAUAAAGAUAAUCAUUUUGAUCAUCAUAAAAAUAAUCAUUCGGAUCUAACUAAUAAUCAUAUUAUGAAAAAUGGAAAACACAUGAGAAAUAUAAAACCUCGAUGUAGUAAUGAUGAUAAUAGUACAUCAAAAUAUGAAGAACAUGCUAACGAACAUAUGAUAGGUAAACAUACAAACAGAAGAAAUUCUUUGUAUUCAUAUCCUACACAAAUAAAUAAAAUGUCUGAUCAAAUGGAAAAUCAAAAGGUAAAAAAAAAUACAAGCCUAGAAAAAAAUAUUCAUCAUAUGAAUGAUAAUUAUGACGAAAUAAAUUUUACUGAAAAGUAUUUUGAGAAUGACUACUACGGGUCAGACCAGCAUGAUAAGCAGAAUGAUGGCAUGAAUAAUAUGAAUAAUAUGAAUAAUAUGGAUCGUAUGAAUCGUGUGAAUCAUGUAAAUCAUAUGAAUCAUAUGAAUCAUGUGAAUCGUUUAAAUCAUAAUAAUAUUAAUGAUUCUCGAGGGGGAGGAGUUAAAAUAAAAAAAUAUUUAAUGCUACCUGUAGAUAAAUUUACAUUUGAACAUAUGAGUAAAAGAAAUUAUCCACAUCCACCUGUAGGACUAAUGAAUCUAGGAAAUACAUGUUAUUUAAAUAGUUUAUUACAAGCGUUAUAUAGUACUGUGUCUUUUAUAGUAAAUUUAUUUUUGUUUAAAAUAAAUCAAACGAAUAAUAAGGUCAUGACAACAGAUCGUGCUAAUUAUGAAAUGUAUAGAGUUCAAAUGUAUAAAGAAAAUGGAAAUCUAGAAUUAGAUUAUUUUUUAGAAGAAAUCAAAUCCUUUUUUAAAAAUAUGUUAACAACAGAUAAGUCGUAUAUAUCUGCAGAUAGAGUUUUAAAUAUGCUACCUGUUGAACUAAAUAAUAGAAAUCAGCAAGAUGUAACAGAAGUUUUUAGAUAUAUAUUUGAUAAAUUAGGUGGAUCAGAAAAAGAAUUCUUAAGAUUAAUUUUCUCAGGGGUUGUAAUUCAAAAAGUACAAUGUCAAAAAUGUCUAUUCAUUUCAAAAACAAAAGAAAUCAUACAUGAUCUCUCAUUCCCUGUACCUAUAAGUACCAAUGAAAAAUUAUCAAUUCAAAAGUUUUUUGAUACAUUUAUUCAGAAAGAAAAAAUAUACGGAAAUAAUAAAUACAAAUGUUCAAGAUGUAAUAAAAAAAGAAAUGCCUUAAAGUGGAAUGAAAUCAUAUCACCUCCUUGUCACUUGAUACUAAUCCUUAACCGUUAUAAUUGGUCGUUUAGUUCGAACGAAAAGAAGAAAAUCAAGACGCACGUUAAAAUAAACUCAAAAAUUGUAGUUAAUAAUUUUGACUACAAAUUAUAUGGAGCAAUAAUACAUGGUGGGAUAUCAGCAUCAUCAGGACAUUAUUAUUAUAUAGGGAAAAAAUCAGAAAGACAAAAUAAAAAAAAAAGUUCAUGGUAUCAAAUGAAUGAUUCUAUAGUGACAAAAGCAAAUUCAAAAAUGAUUAAUAAAAUAUCAAAAGAUUUAUCAAAUGAUCACACUCCAUAUGUUUUGUUUUAUCGUUGUAAGCAAGCACCAAUAUCUCCAGAUUUGUACUUCUAA